AUGCCUCUCCCAGAAGAUCUCACAGUUGCAGAUGUUGGCAAAAAGCUUGCUGAGACGCUACGGUCGCUUUCUGGGCCUCGCCCAGGCAUUCGCCCAGGCCAUGCGAAAGGAAUUCUCCUCAAAGGUGUUUUUUUACCCUCGCCACAAGCAAAGGCGCUCUCAAAGGCGCAACACUUUAACGAAUCCUCGACUCCUGUGAUCGCCCGGUUUUCUUCGUCGACAGGAAAUCCCGAUAUCCCAGACUCGGACCCACGCAGUAAUCCUCGUGGUCUCGCUAUUCGCUUUCAACUAGCCGAGACGCCACGCCGUUUACAUACUGAUAUCAUUGAUUCUACCCCUGGCAGUAAUGGCGAGGAGGCGCUUGAAUUCUUCACGGCCCUGAAAAAUGGCACCAUCACCGAGUAUAUCAAAGAUCACCCCAAGGCGGCCCAUUUUGUACAGCUGCCAAGGCCAUUUCCAGCUAGUUUCGCACACCAGCGGCACUUUGCGGUCAAUACCUUCAAGUUGGUUGCCGCUUCUGGGAAAGAAACAUUUGUUCGAUACCGAAUCGAGCCUGUGUUGGGCGUGCAAGAAUUGAAAAUGCUGGGCAAAGCGCCAGUUCAAUUUAAGCUGACUGUCCAGAUAGCGAAGGAGGGAGACGUAACAAGUGAUCCAUUGGUCAAGUGGCCAGAGACAAGGAAGAUGAUGGAGCUGGGAACCAUCAGUCUGGUAGACGUAUUGAAUGACAAUGCGGCACAGCAAAAGUAUAUCAUUUUCAAUCCUAUCCCAAAGGUAGAUGGCGUUGAAGUAUCCGAUGACCAACUGCUCCAGUACAGAGCGGCAGCAUAUCUAAUUAGCGGACUAGAACACAGAAAUGCGUAG